CAAGCAGCUGUCAGACUGUUAAGGUGCUUGAACUAAGUUAGAUUGCAUCAGCAGAUCUGAGCCGUGUUUUAGUGUUUAUAUAAAUGUGCGGGAUACAUUAAACAGCCGGUGCUGUGUUACGAAAUCAUCAGCUAAUGUGUCGGUAUAGUGCAGUGGAUUGUUUUGCUUCCGGUGUACCACAUCGAUUAGUGUUGCAGUUUGUUGGGUGGUGUAGCGUCGUUUCAUAAUGGUUUUGUUGACUGUUCAAACAGUGUAGAAAAGCACUGCGUCAGUGAAUUUUGUUUGUUUAUUCUGAGCUUCAACAUUACCUCUCCAGUGUCAUUCGUCGAAUCUUUUCGGAUGUAUCGUGUACUAGCAGUAACCGUCGAGCUUAGCCAACAUCAGCAGCAGCAGCAGCCGACACAAUCUCAUUCUGAAAGAACCCACCAUACUCUAUCUAAAUAUAGUAUCAGUUGAUUAAAGGCACCACUCGCUUCAAUCAGCGCUCAACUACAAUCGAUUCGUUCGACUCUUUCAUUGCCAGGCUGUCUCGUACGGGCAUAUGAUUUAUCACAAUGUCCGACGGAAAACAAAUAAUGAGCGCGACGUCUGACCGCGGACAGCAACGAUGGUACCACAAAAUCACGGUCGAACCGUCAAUGUUCCUGUACAUGAUGGCCUUCAUGCUAACAUCGGUGGUCGAGCAGGUAUUCUUCCUGUACAAAGCUUGUACAGUUAACCAUGGCUACUCGCACGACGUCUGUAUCAACAUCGAAAGUCAUCAGGACAUCAAAAAAGAAGUUCAAAUCACAACUUCAACUUUCCACAUGUGGAACAAUGUUGCAAUGUAUGCCGUUCCGAUCGUCCUGGCGCUCUUUCUAGGAGCGUGGUCCGAUCGCCGGGGUCGAAAACUUCCACUGAUUCUAGGCCUGACGGGAAAGUUGGUCUAUUCCGUCAUGAUCGUGGUCAAUACUCGGAUGGACAAUUGGCCAGUCGAGUACAUCAUCUAUACGGCUACCAUUCCCAGUGUUCUAACGGGAGCGGACAUAGCAAUUUUUGCCUCCUGCUUCGCAUACAUAUCAGACGUAACCUCCGUUGCGGAUCGAACCAUCCGGAUCACCAUUCUGGACGCAACCUACCUAAGCACAAUGCCAAUUGGAGUCGCAAUCGGUAGACUUAUUUACAAUCACACCGCCAAAUCGUUUACCGUAAUGUUCGCGAUUAACGCCUCACUUUUGUUCCUAUCGAUCACGUACUCAGCGUUGCGUCUCAAAUCCCGAACCACCGAUCGACAGGUGUCGAUCCGGGAGCUCCCCUGGUAUCGAAUGCCAGCGGACUUUUUCGAUCGGCAACAUGUCGCCCUAUCGCUGCGAACCUUCUUCGAAAAACGAACCCUCAAUCGGCGAACCUAUCUGUACAUCCUGAUGGUCGCCAUGUCCUUCUACACAUUUCAGCGGGACGAGAAAGCUAAAAUGUACCUGUACACGCAGCUCAAGUUCAACUGGGACGCGGAUUUGUACAGUAACUUCAAAACGUACCAAUCAGCAGCCUACGUGGUGAUGAUGUUUCUCGGUGUUCCGUUCUUUACCAAAAUCCUCCAGAUGAGGGAUACGAUAAUCAUCAUGAUCGGGGCGAUGGCUCAUGCGACUGCCCGGUUUUUCUACAUUUUCGCCGAAGUUGAUUGGUUGUUGUACGUUGGGGCAACCGUGUCCAGUCUAGGUCCGGUGGUGGCACCGGUGCUUCGGUCCAUGAUCUCAAAGAUGGUAGGCGCCUCGCAGCGGGGGAUUAUUUUUUCGUUUUUAUCCGUCUUCGAUAACGCUGUGCCACUGUUUAGCGGGGUUUUGUACACCCAGGUGUACAAUGCUUCGAUCAGCAGCUAUCCCCAGGCGUUCUUCUGGCUAACGAUGGCAACCCAGCUGGUGGUGUUUGCGCUAACGCUUGGUGUCCACAUUUCUCUACGAGGGCAGACAUUUGAGGCAGGAACAACAGAAAAUGGACUGAUACAAAGCGAGCAGCAGCCAACAAUCAACGGACAUCUUCCGGUGGAUGAAGAUUCUGAACAACAAGUUAAAUAGGACCUCUCAAUCGUACAGUAAAACCUCCAAUCGCCACUUCGGAUAGCUCAACAGAGAUAUCUUCCAAAAGACUUAGUGAUAUGUAUUGAAAUCAACGAACAUAGUUCUGAUAGUUUUAGAUAAAAUAUGUGAUAGGUAAUAAAACAAGACAUAUUUUUAAGAAAAAGUUAAAAAUAAGAUUACAUUCGAU